CUCAUUUCUUUAAACAAAAAAAAAACAAAAGGAGAGAAAGAGAGAAAAAGAAAAACUUAUCUUAUAAUAAUAAUAUGCUUUCAAAAAUACGUCUUGCAAGAGAGAUUAUAAAUGAAGAAUUUGGUUCCAUUACAGCUGUAAAGAGAGAUUAACAUCAUGUCAAUUUUCAAAUUGUUCAUUUAACACUUAUUAUAUAUACAUGUAUAUAUAACAAUAGACAGUUGCUGAUCAGCUUUUAACGAAAGGCCGUUUAACAGCUAUUGAGAUAGCAAGGAAUACUCACUAUUCCAUGUAUUGUGUUAAAGAAGCGCUUGUAAUAUUAAUUCAGCAUGGACUUGUUUAUUUUACAGAACAUAAUAAUGAUAUGAAGUUAGAUGCAACCUAUUAUGAAAUCAAUAUGAAGCAAAUCUUAAUGAGGUUACGUAUGGGUCGUAUAAUGCGAGUUACUGAAGAAUAUCAUGGAAAAGCAGGCUCGACCAUUUGUCAAUUAUUAUUCUUAAAUGGAAGGCUAAAAUUAAGUCAAGUGCAAGCAUGGGCAAGAAUGAAUCAAAGAGAUGAAGCAACUUAUGUAAAAGUAUUUACAAAAAUGGCAGUUGAUCAAUUCAUUAUUCCUUCUUUACCUCAGCAUAGUCGUUCAAUUAAAGAUCAAUAUUUAGAAGCUGAAAAAGAGGAACUCUCAAAACUAAAGUUUACUUUUAAAAGUCCAAAAAAGAUCAUGUUAAUUAAAGAUAUUGCAAAGGCAAAUAUGGAUGCACUGUUUCAACAUGAACGAGAGCAAAUUGAGCAGAUUGGCAUGAAACGAACAGCAAAAUAUCCUUUAGAACCGGAAACAAGAAAGCGUUUUGAACAAGAGCAAGGAACAUUUCACUCGGGUCAGGAAAAUAUACCUAAAGAGGAACUAUUAUAUGAUGUAGAGCCUCAUGUCUUUUUUGUCUUGAACUAUAACAAAUACAAUGUCAUUUUUCGUAAUUAUUUAGUAUCAAAAUUUGCUAUCAAGCGUAUUAAUCGUACUGCUGGAAUGAUUUUAAAGGCAUUUUUCAGGUAUUGCGAAGACAAAUCCUAUCAGGUGGGAGAAGAUUUUUCAUCCGCAGCUACACCAUCCUAUAUUGCUAAUAUGUUGGAGCCCGAACUAUUUAAAAAAGGAGACAUUAUACUUGACCCUAAAUCUAUUCGAUUACAACAACAUACAAAAACAGAUAAUAAUCAAAAAAAGACACCUGUAGUUAGUGAAGUUGUUGAGGGUUAUUUUAAACUUCUACAGACAGAUCAAGCAGGAUUUUUAAAAUAUCGAGAUGAUUUGGGUGGUAAUCACUAUUCAGUUAAUUUUAAAAAAUUAAGAUAUGUUAUGAAGCGUACAAUUUUUGAGAAUUUUCUAAAUGAUCAAUUUGGUAUUGUCUGUUGUCGUAUUGUGCGUAUUUUGCUAGACAAAGGCAAGCUGGAAGAAACUCAAAUACAAAAAUUAGCCAUGUUACCAUUAAAGGAUGUUCGAUGUAAGCUUAAUAUCUUAAUGAAACACAGUAUAGUUGAAAUACAAGAAGUACCGCGGUCUUCUGAUCACAGUACAGGUCGCUCAUUCCAUUUAUGGUUUGUUUCUCUUGAUAAAUGUUUCGAGGAAUUGCUAUUAAAUAUUUAUCAAACAAUUGUUAAUCUGCAACAACGGAAGGAAGAGGAGCUUUUGAGGCGCAAACGUUUGAUUAAUAAAUUGAACCGAAUAGAUGUUAUUGAAAAUAGAGAUUUAUUAAAUAAAAUCGACCAAGCGGAAGUAGCUAAAAUGGAAAAUGUUGUUGAAAAGAUAGAAGUUGCAAAGGAGAGACUAGAUGAACUAGUUAUGAUCUUACAGGAUAUUUAAACAAUUUUUAGCUAUUUAUAUUACAAAGUUCUGAAUAAAAAAAAAAAAAAAA